AUGAAGUUCCUCGGGCAGUUCAGGAGCCAGAUUGCAGCUUCCUUGCCUCUUUGCUUGUUCUUCUUGAAGAUUCUGCAACCAGGGUACAGCCACCUUUACGGCAACCGCUAUGCAGGUGAUAAGGUGAUAAGACUUAUUCCGAACACAGAAGAGGAAGUAUAUGCACUGAAGAAAAUAUACCAACAACUUAAGGUGGACCUGUGGCAGCCCAGCAGUAUUUCCUAUAUAUCAGAGGGAACUAUUACAGAUGUCCAUAUUUCCCAACGUGGUUCCCGAACCCUGUUAGCCUUCUUACAGAAAGCCAACAUCCAAUACAAGAUUCUCACUGAAGAUCUUCAGAAAGCACUGGAAAAUGGAAGCAAUUUGCAAACCCAGAGAAAUCGAAGAUCUCUCUCUGCAUAUAAUUAUGAAGUUUAUCACUCUUUAGAAGAAAUUCAAAAUUGGAUGCAUCAUCUGAAUAAAACUCAUUCAGCUCUCAUUCACAUGUUCUCAAUUGGAAAAUCAUAUGAGGGAAGAUCUCUUUUUGUUUUAAAGCUUGGCAGAAAAUCUCAAGCUUACAAAAAAGCUGUCUGGAUAGACUGUGGUAUGCAUGCAAGAGAAUGGAUUGGUCCUGCCUUUUGUCAAUGGUUUGUAAAAGAAGCUCUUCUAACAUAUAAGAGUGACCCAACUAUGCGGAAAAUGUUGAAUUAUCUGUAUUUCUAUGUCAUGCCUGUGUUCAACGUUGAUGGAUACCGUUUUAGCUGGACCAAUGAUCGAUUUUGGAGAAAAACAAGGUCAAGGAACUCAGUGUUUCGCUGCCGUGGAGUUGAUGCAAAUCGGAAUUGGAAAGUGAAAUGGUGCAAUGAAGGAGCUUCUAUGCACCCAUGUGAUAAUACAUACUGUGGACCUUUCCCAGAAUCUGAACCGGAAGUGAAAGCUGUAGCUAACUUCCUUCGAAAACAUCGUAAACACAUUAAGGCUUACCUCUCCUUCCAUGCAUAUGCUCAAAUAUUGCUGUAUCCCUAUUCAUACAAGCAUGCAGCAAUCCCCAAUUCUAGUUGUGUGGAAUCUGCAGCUCAUAAAGCUGUGAAUGCACUUCAGUCAGUAAAUGGGGUGAGGUACCGAUAUGGCCCUGCCUCGAGCACCCUAUAUGUGAGCUCUGGAAACUCAAUGGAUUGGGCCUACAAAAAUGGAAUACCCUAUACAUUUGCUUUUGAACUACGUGACACGGGACAUUUUGGAUUUUUACUUCCAGACAUGCUCAUCAAACCUACCUGUACAGAGACCAUGCUGGCUGUGAAGAAUAUCACAAUGCACCUUUUAAAGAAGUGUCCCUGA